AUGUUAUAUGAACAAUCAGUUGUAGACUCAAAGAAGCUGCAGAAACUGGAUCAGUUUUUGACCUUCUUGGAACAUCGGUUCCUUACAUUGGAGGCUACCGGCAGUGAUAAGAUAAAUCACACCAAAAAAGGCACAUGCGCUCAGAUUGAUCAACCAGGACAGUCAAUUGAUAUUGCUCGUUGGAAACUUCCAAAGCAUAUUGAAUUAGCAGAUCCUAACUUUGACAAAGCAGGAAAGAUUGAUCUACUCUUAGGAGCAGAACACUACUACGAUAUAAUGCAGGACAAGCAUUUAUCGUUGGCUCUAACCGAAGAAGAUAAGGUAGACCAACAAAUUACGAAAUUUUGGGAACUGGAUUCAUUCUCAACCGAUACACUAUGUCUAUCACCACUGGAGAAACAAUGUGAAAUGCACUUUCUCCAGAACAUUCAGACUGCAAUUGAUAAGAAACCGAUUGUUAGUCUCCCAUUCAUGGAUAAUGCUUCAGCCCUGGGGAGAGUCGUGAUCUUGCGACACGACGAUUCCUUUCUUUGGAAAAACUGCUAUUGCGAGAUCCACAAACUAAGGCAAGUUAUGACUCACAAAUAUGUUUUCACGGCGGACAUAGAGAAAAUGUACCGUCAAAUCUGGAUAAAACCCGAGGACCAAUAUUUCCAAACAAUUGUUUGGCGCAAUGAUCCAUCUGAGGAUUUGCGGUACUACAGAUUAAAAACGGUUACCUAUGGAACAAAAGCUGCACCAUAUUUAGCCACAAAAUGCUUGCAGCACAUAGCACAAAAAGGCAGAAAGGAAUACCCUAAUGGUGCUGCCGCAUUGGAAAACGACUUCUAUGUAGACGAUUGCUUAACCGGAGCCGAAACUAUACCAGAAGCUCUACAGAGGCAACAACAGCUUAACAAACUUCUGCAAAAAUCUGGAUUCAAGUUAAGAAAAUGGUGUACUAACAAUUACCAAGUUCUACAAGGAGUUCCGAGGGAAGACAUCACUUCAAAUGUACAACUGGAGGAGACUUCAUAUGAGGACUACACGAUUAAGACCCUCGGAAUCACCUGGACACCAACGACAGAUCACCUUUGUGGGAAAACGGAGAUAGCAACAAAGGCCAACAUAUCAAGACGAGAUGUUGUUUGUAAUGAAAGCAAAAUUUUCAUGCAACACCUCACAAAGGAGGGUUAUGGGUACAAAGACGAUCUGCCGGCUCAUCUUCAGGAGGAAUGGAAACGCUACAGGGAGGAGCUAAAGGUUCUGAACACCAUAAAAGUACCACGUCACAUAUACUCAGGAAAAACACCUGUGACGGCAGAAAUCCACACAUUUGUUGAUGCCUCGGAGAAAGCAUAUGGAGCUGCUGUAUACAUCCGAGCAACAUAUAAGGACAAGCGAAGAACGAUCCAGUUAUUAUGUGCAAAAUCUCACUUAGCACCAAUUAAUACAAUAACUCUACCACGUCUGGAACUUAAGGCUGCUGUAUUAGGAGCACAGUUGACUUCCAAAAUAAAGGAAGACUUGGCCAUGAAAAAUGCAUCCACAUAUUACUGGUCUGAUUCACGGAUUGUACUGUCAUGGAUUAAUUGCUCAUCAUCCAUUCGAGAUAAAUUCGUUGCCACUAGAGUUGCAACAAUACAUGAGCUAUCCAUACCAAAACAGUGGAGACAUGUUGCAUCAGAACACAAUGCAGCAGAUGUCCUCUCCAGAGGAAUGACGGCUUCAAAAUUCGCGGAACAUGCCAUGUGGUUCUACGGCCCUAUGUUCCUACAUGGUUCAUCAUCCACAUGGCCGGCUCCUUUUAUUGCUACCAACGAGGAAUUAAUAAUUAUGAAUCCGCCAAAGGUUAGUCAACCAUCCGUGAUGACUAUCACAAAAGAGGAGGACAUAAUAUACACAAUACAGCAUAAUAAUUCGUUUAACAAGCUACUCAGAGUAAUAGCUUACAUGAUGCGCUUCCGACGUAAGAAGAAAUACAUAAGCCACACCAUUGAGUUUGAAGAAAUAAUGGAAGCCCGAAAAAUUGUUUUCCGCAACAUUCAAAAUAUCGACUUCAAAGAUGACAUCAAACAUCUCAAGAGGCAAAGGGAGACACUAAAGGGCAGUUCAAUCAACUCACUAUCACCAUUCUUAGAUCAGAAUGGAAUUUUGCGUGUAGGAGGUCGACUGGAGGCGGCAAAUAUAUCAUUCGACUCCAAACAUCCGAUACUUCUGCCAUACAACGACCCUGUUGUGAAGAUGAUUCUUGUGCAAAUACACAAGGACAACAUGCAUUGCGGACCUCAGGCUCUAUUGACUACAUCAAGGCAGCAAUUCUGGAUUCUUAAAGGAAAAACUAUGGCUAGGAGCACGGUAAAGCCUGUGUCAAGUGCACUAAAGCUAAGCCAAAAUUAA